AAAGUGAGUAUGUGUAUAUGUAUACGUUCUUAUGAAUUGUCCAUGGAAAUAUUUCCUGCUAUGUCUACCGUCUUAUACUGAAUCUUGUCUGUCUAUCUUGCACAGCUAGAAUUAAAACCAUGUGUACUAUUACGAAAGGAUGUCAGCUUUUCUCUCUUUUGUUAAUUUAUCAGCAAAACAUCAUUUGAUUUUUUCCUUUUGCAAUAUUAUCAUGUUUGUAUUAACUACAUAGUAUGUCUUCCUGGCUUGUAGGAAGUAAUUAGUCUUUUUCUCCCCUUCAGUAAUGUACUACAACUUAUUAACCAUUCGGAAGCAGAAAGCAAGCAGAUGCCAUCAGUAGAGAUGCAAACACCAGCAAAAACGACUAAUGCGAAAGGUAGUGCGAAGGAAAGUACUGAAAAUACAGAGAGUGAGAAUGCCAAAAAGAAAGCUUCUGCGAAUACUGAAAAUCAUCCUCCUACCACCCAACUAACAAAAAUAAAAUACUCAGGUCCUGCACACAUAAAAAAAGACAAGCGUCAAAAUUCUUCAAGAUUCAGUGUUUCUAAAAACCGAGAACUGCAAAAAUUAACACCAAUGAGGGAUGCUCCUUUGACUGAACGCGAACAGCUGUUCAUCCAAAAAAUCCAGCAGUGUGGUGUUUUGUUUGACUUUGUACAAGACCCACUAAGUGACUUAAAAUGGAAAGAAGUAAAACGGGCUGCUUUAAAUGAAAUGGUAGAAUAUGUUUCACAAAACAGAGGUAUAUUGACUGAACAUAUAUAUCCUGAAGCAAUACAGAUGUUUGCUGGAAAUUUAUUUAGAACAUUACCACCUUCCUCAAAUCCCAGUGGAGCUGAAUUUGAUCCUGAGGAAGAUGAACCAACUCUAGAAGCUGCUUGGCCACAUUUACAGCUUGUAUAUGAAUUUUUUCUACGGUUCUUAGAAUCUCCAGAUUUUGUACCUAACAUAGCAAAACGGUAUAUAGAUCAAAAAUUUGUAUUACAGCUAUUGGAAUUAUUUGACAGUGAAGACCCUCGAGAGAGGGAUUUUCUUAAGACUAUUCUUCAUAGGAUAUAUGGUAAAUUUCUUGGUCUGAGGGCCUAUAUCAGGAAACAAAUAAAUAAUAUAUUCUAUAGGUUCAUUUAUGAAACAGAACAUCAUAAUGGUAUAGCUGAAUUAUUAGAAAUCUUGGGAAGUAUUAUUAACGGGUUUGCUUUGCCUUUAAAAGAAGAACAUAAAGUAUUCUUACUCAAAGUAUUAUUACCUCUUCAUAAAGUUAAGUCUUUGAGUGUAUAUCACCCCCAGCUAGCAUAUUGUGUGGUCCAAUUUCUUGAAAAGGAUCCUAGUUUAACAGAACCGGUGAUAAUGACAUUAUUGAAAUUUUGGCCAAAAGUCCACAGUCCUAAAGAAGUCAUGUUUUUGAACGAAUUAGAGGAAAUUCUGGAUGUCAUUGAGCCUGGAGAGUUUGUAAAAGUUGUACAGCCAUUAUUUAGACAAUUGUCAAAAUGUGUUUCUAGUCCUCAUUUUCAGGUUGCUGAAAGAGCCUUGUACUUUUGGAACAAUGAGUACAUCUUAAGUUUGAUUAAUGAAAAUGUGGCUGUUAUUCUCCCUAUUAUGUUUCCAGCACUUUAUAUGAGUAAAGAACAUUGGAAUAAAACAAUCCAUGGUUUGAUAUAUAAUGCAUUAAAAUUGUUCAUGGAAAUUAAUCAGAAAUUAUUUGAUGAGUGCACCAUUCAGUAUAAAGCAGAGCGACAGAAAGAAAAAGAGCGAAAUAAACAGAGAGAUGAUGCUUGGAACACAUUGCAAAAUUUAGCCAUGACAAAUCCUAAGUUUGGAAAAGUACUGCAUAAAUCUUCAUCUGACAGUGUAUCGAAUCCUGAAAAUAAUGGUCACAGUAACCCUAAUUGUGUAUCAGAAGAAGAAGGAGAUGUGGUAGCCAGUUUAGACAAAUUAGAAUCAGAAGUUCAUGCGCUACAAAAAAGAAAAGGUAAAGAAAAACCGCUUCUACGAAGAAAAUCAGAAUUACCACACGAUAUGACAACAUUAAAAGCUUUGGAAACUCACAAGCGACCUGAAGAAUUUCUGUGUUCAGCAACUGAGCAACAAGCUGCUAAUUGACUGCUUACAUCUGCAUAUGGGAAGUAGUUCAAGACUAGUUAGACAACGGUACUUCCUCUUGUCACAUGUAUUGUAUAUUGCUGAUCUGUGUGGUGCAUGCUUGUUACUUACUCGGUACUUCACAAGUAAGUGGCUUAGCCAAUACAGAUUGCAGCUUAAGGGUAGAGUUGGGUUCAACAUUACUUCUUAAGUCCUAAACAUGAAAAUUUAAUUUAUGAGUGUAUUAUUUUGAAGAUGUCUGUCACACAGACAGGAAUUGUUCAACAAGACACUUGUGCAUGGUUUCAAAUUGGCUAGUUUGACUGUUUUUUUUUUUUAACAUGGUUAAAAAAAAAAAAAAGAUUUUUCCCUUCUCCACCCCUCUCAUAUAGCUCAGUGAAACAUGUCUAUUGGCCUUAAUCUACCACAUUUUAAACUUUAGAAGGCACAAGCUUAGUAUUUUACUUUUGGGUUUCCUCCAAAAAGUUCAGAAAAAAGAAAAAAAAAAAGAAAAGGUAAAAAAAAAAUCAUAAAAAAGUUCAGAUUUAGGAGUUUUUUCUGUACAAAGUUAUUAAUCAUUCUUAUAAAUUAUUUUCAUUAAUUUUUUUUUUUUUAUUAAGAUUUAGAAAUUUAAUAUGUCAUCUGUGGAAAAUAUUCUUUGAAUAGAUAAGGAAUGUGUUUACAUUAAAAGAAAAUUAAAAUUUCCUUUAAAAGGAAUUGAUGAAUAUUGGGGGAAAAAAAAAGAAAAACAUCAUCAAAGCAUUAUGACACAUUUUAACCAUAUGCUUUUCCUAUGUACAUCUGAAG